CCUGGAGAAAGUCUCGUAGUCGCUGGGGAGAGCUAUUUGGACAGUUUCUUUAGUCUUGGAGUUGUUUCUAGUACGAUGUGUGGAAUCUUUGCAUAUUUGAACUACCGGGUCCCUCAAACACAGAAGACGAUCUUGGAGAUCUUGAUCAAAGGUUUGCAGAGACUUGAAUACAGAGGCUAUGAUUCAGCAGGGCUAGCAAUUGAUGAAGGCAAUGGCAGCGAGCAAAACUUUGGUGGACAAAUCAGUCUCUUCAGAAACAGAGGCAAAGUGAAGGACCUAGCUGAAAAAAUUACUGAGCAAAAGAACUUGGAUUUUAACAAGGAAUUUGAAAUCCACUUGGGCAUUGCUCACACUCGCUGGGCAACACAUGGAGUUCCAAAUGAAGUGAACAGUCAUCCUCAUCGCUCUGAUAAAAACAAUGAAUUUCUGGUAGUUCAUAAUGGAAUUAUCACAAACUACAAAGAUCUAAGGCAAUUCCUGGAGAGCAAAAAUUAUAUGUUUGAAUCUGAGACGGAUACAGAGGUGAUUCCUAAACUAACGAAGUAUCUAUAUGACAACCGAGAAGGUGAAGAUAUUGGAUUCUCUGCUUUGGUGGAAAAAGUUGUUCAACAACUGGAGGGAGCGUUUGCACUCGUUUUCAAGAGUAGACAUUUCCCAGGUGAAGCUGUUGCUACAAGGCGAGGGAGCCCUCUGCUGAUUGGUAUUCACAGCAAGAAUAGUCACUCCGCUGACCAGAUUCCAAUUCUGUACCAAACACAAAACACCAAAAAUAACCCUAUAUCCAAAGCACACCAAUUGGAGCAUGAAGAUCAUAAUCACCUCGAAGAGGACAAAAACAGUGAAUUUUACUUUGCAUCUGAUGCUAGUGCAAUCAUUGAGCACACGAAACGAGUGAUAUUUCUGGAAGAUGAUGACAUUGCUGCAGUGGUGGAUGGUGCUCUCUCCAUUCACCGUGCUAAAAGAUCAGUGGGUGAUUUGGCAUCCAGAACCAUACAUACUCUGCAGAUAGAAUUGCAACAAAUAAUGAAAGGUAACUUCAAAGCAUUCAUGCAGAAAGAGAUUUUUGAACAGCCAGAAUCUAUAGUUAAUACUAUGCGAGGAAGAGUAAAUUUUACAAAUAGCACAGUAAUACUAGGUGGGUUGAGAGACCACAUCAAAGAAAUAAAGCGGUGUAGGCGUUUAUUGAUGAUUGGUUGCGGCACCAGUUACCAUGCUGCUGUGGCAACACGUCAAGCAUUGGAAGAACUAACAGAACUACCGGUGAUGGUUGAACUUGCCAGUGAUUUCUUGGACAGAAGUACACCUGUUUUCAGAGAUGAUGUCUGUUUUUUCAUUAGCCAGUCAGGUGAAACGGCAGAUUCUCUCAUGGCUCUGCGAUACUGCAAAAAUCGUGGUGCCUUGACUGUUGGCAUUACAAACACAGUUGGAAGCUCGAUCUCUCGAGAAACAGAUUGCGGUAUACAUAUUAAUGCUGGACCAGAAAUUGGAGUAGCAAGCACAAAGGCCUAUACAAGCCAGUUUGUUUCCUUAAUUAUGUUUGGCCUCAUGAUGUGUGAAGAUCGCAUCUCAAUGCAGGAAAGGAGAAAGGACAUUAUUGCCAGCCUUCAAUCCUUACCAGACUUGAUCAAAGAGGUUUUGUCCUUGGAUGAAAAAAUUGAGCAAUUGGCCCGAGAGUUGUUCCAGCACAAAUCACUCCUAGUCAUGGGCCGUGGGUAUCAUUAUGCUACCUGCCUUGAAGGAGCUUUAAAAAUCAAAGAAAUCACUUACAUGCAUUCUGAAGGGAUCUUGGCAGGAGAGUUAAAACAUGGUCCUUUAGCUUUAGUUGACAAGCUGAUGCCUGUUAUAAUGAUUAUUAUGAGGGAUUCAUGCUACACCAAGUGUCAGAAUGCUAUGCAACAGGUCGCUGCACGACAGGGCCGUCCAAUAGUACUCUGCACAAAGAAUGAUGAGGAGAGUAAGAAAUGUGCAUACAGAACUAUUGAAAUUCCACAUUUAGUCGACUGUUUACAGGGAAUUUUAACUGUAGUUCCUCUUCAACUUCUUUCAUUCCAUUUGGCUGUUCUUCGAGGAUAUGAUGUUGACUUUCCUCGAAACCUGGCCAAAUCCGUCACUGUUGAAUGAGGAACUGAAUACCUCACCCGUUUCAAGUCUGAAGUUCUGACCAACCUUUCGUAUUCUCUUUUGGCUAUCGUUCAUUGUGAAAUGAUGCUUAUAAUUAAACUAUCUAAUCAGGGUGUCUGCAGUGAAGAAGAAUAUAUGCCUGUUGCAUAUUUGAUACAAAUCAAAUGAUGCUGUGUAUGGCUGGGUUACAAUGUUAAGUGCCUCUUCCUGUGAGUUUUAUUCAUCUGCUAAAUGUAUCAUCAGGUAGCUACCUUGAUUGAAGAAACUGUUUACAUAAACUGAUGGAAUGGAUACAAACAAAAGUGCAAUAUUAAAUACCAAGAAAAUCAAUUGUAAAACUUGAUUUAUAUUUCUUCUAUAUUAUGCCUUUUUAGACUAUGAAUUUUUCAAAGAAUCAGUUUUCCAUGUCGGAGAUACCUGAAGUGAUCAGUGAAAAUGUAUUUUAUUAAUUAUAUAUCUUUUUUAAGUCUAAAGGGAUUAAUUGAAAGUUUAAGUUGAGUAAAGACACAAAAUGAAAUGUUU